AUUCAGACAAUGAAUUGACAGAUUCUGAUGAGGAAUUCUACAUGUGUCGGAUCUGCAAUACUGAGGAGGAGAAGAGCUUGUUGCUUCAGUGUUCUAGUUGUGCUACACGAGUUCACCCUGGGUGUCCUAUUCCACCUUGGACUGGAUUGUUGACUGAAGAUUGGUCAUGUUACGCAUGCAAAGAGAAGCUAGAAUGCUAUUUUAAAGAGAGGGAUGCUUACAUAACUGGACUAUCAAAGAGGUAUGACACUGCGGUGGAGAGAAAGUCAAUGAUUUUAGACAUCAUUCGUGCUUUAGAUUUGCCUAAUAAUCCUCUAGAUGAUAUAAUUGAUCAGCUAGGUGGUCCUGACAAUGUUGCAGAAAUAACUGGAAGGCGUGGUAUGCUAAUAAGGGCGUCAGAUGGAAAAGGUGUUGUUUAUCAGGCACGGAACACGAAAGAAAUUGCAUUGGACAUGAUCAAUAUGCAUGAAAAGCAGCUAUUCAUGGACGGAGAGAAGUUCGUCGCAAUUAUAUCGGAAGCAGGAUCAGCAGGUGUUUCUUUGCAUGCUGAUCGAAGGGUAAAAAAUCAGAGAAGAAGAGUGCACAUAACACUUGAACUUCCUUGGAGUGCAGACCGUGCAACUCAGCAGUUUGGGAGAACGCAUCGUUCUAAUCAAACUUCUGCACCUGUAUAUAGGAUUCUGUUUACAAACCUUGGUGGUGAAAAGCGAUUUGCAUCGAUUGUAGCAAAGCGGCUAGAGUCUCUUGGAGCUUUAACACAAGGAGAUCGAAGAGCUGGGCCAUCACUUAGUGCUUUUAACUAUGACAGUAUUUAUGGAAAGAAAGCCCUGACAAUGAUGUACAGAAGUAUAAUGGAACAGGAUGCAUUUCCAAUUGUGCCUUUGGGAUGCUCUGAGAAUCAAGGUAGUCUCCAAGAAUUCAUCACUAAAGCAAAAGCUGCUUUAGUGGCAGUUGGAAUUAUCAAGGAUGCUGCUAUCUGCAUUGGAAAAAAUGGAGGAAGGCUUACAGGUAGGAUUGUUGAUUCUGAUAUGCAUGAUGUGGCCCGUUUCCUCAAUCGUAUUCUAGGAUUAGCUCCAGACAUCCAGAAUAGGUUAUUUGAUCUUUUCACAAGUAUACUUGAUAUGGUCAUUCAGAAUGCACGAAGUGAAGGACAGCUUGAUUCUGGUAUCGUUGGUAUUAAAGCAAAAAGGGUUGAAAUGAAAGAAUCACCAAAGACAGUUCAUGUUGACAGCCUGUCUGGUGCUUCUACAGUGUUGUUUACUUUUACAAUUGACCGUGGAGUUACUUGGGAGUCGGCAAAUGCAAUUUUUGAAGAAAGGCAGAAAGAUGGUGCAUGCUCUUCUAAUGAUGGAUUUUAUGAGUCCAGAAGAGAGUGGAUGGGGAGAAGACAUUUCAUGCUAGCAUUUGAAGGCUCGACAGAAGGAAUGUACAGAGUAACUCGCCCUGCCGUUGGUGAAGCUUUAAGAGAGAUGCCUUUGGUUGAACUUAAGGGCAAGUACAAGAAGGCCUCAUCACUUGAAAAAAUUGGGAAAGGUUGGCAGGAAGAAUAUGAUGCAUCAUCCAAGCAGUGUAUGCAUGGACCCAAAUGCAGACUUGGGAGCUACUGUACAGUAGGAAGAAGAUUACAAGAGAUUAAUAUUUUGGGUGGACUAAUACUUCCUGUAUGGGGCACAGUAGAAAAGGCCCUAAAUAAGCAGGCCCGAAAGAUUCACAAGAGAAUACGUGUUGUCCGCCUGGAGACGACAGAUGACAACCAGCGGAUUGUUGGACUUAUGAUCCCAAAUGCAGCAGUGGGGUCAGUAUUAGAAGGUCUGCAGUGGGUCCAGGAUAUCGACGAAUGACCUGAAAACGACAAAUAUUUAUCUGCACAUUCUUUCUUUAUGGUGAUAUGUGGACCAAAAUUCUGUAGCUAGGGAAGGUGACAGCUUUGGAGGUGCAGCUUUUUUCUUCUUUCCUGUUGGGAGCCAAUUUGGUGGGUAAGGGGUUAGCUUAGAGAUUAGGAAAGUAAAUAUAUCAGCUCUUCUUGUUUAUUGAAAAUUUCUUGCUUGAAUCAGCUGUUUUGUAUUGUUCAUACAGGAAAUGCUUUAGGGUCUAAUUGGUCCUUCGGACUUAGUUAUC